UAUCGCUGCAUACUCAUCAUCAAACAUCGUCAAGUUUUUUGGUACAAUUCUGUGGCGCUGGGUAAAUUGACUCGUGUUUUGUGGACCAUACGGCGUUUUCCAGGACUUUUAUACUCAAUUUAUCUGACCAAUUCUACACCUUCUGAAAUCGUUGCUGGAUAGGAAGUGUGAAUGCAUUUUUGACAUUCUCAGUCGGUCUCGUGUCAGGAAGGUUGCUUGACUGAGCGCAUUCUAUCAUGUGAUGAAAAUUGGCUGUUUCCUCCAGUGUCUCUUCCUCUUUAUGCUGUCACUAGCAAAACCGAAUGGAUAUAUCAAGUAUCGGUUCCGGGAUUGCAAUAGGCCUUACGAAUAUUCCCUCAAUCGCCGUGGUAGCUCAUCAUUUCGAGCGACGUAGAGCUUUCGCGAUGGGACUCGUCGUUGCAGGGGUGUCGAUGGGUUCAAUCCUGCACCCAAUUAUGCUCAACAACCUCAUCAAUGGAAGACUUGGCUUUGCAAACGGUGUCCGUGUUAGUGCGGGCAUGAUUGGUGGUCUGCUUCUCAUAGCGUAUCUCUGAUGCACACAAGACUUCCACCUCAAC